GCGAACAGGUGACACGCACCUGGGACACACCUGAGACACACCUGAGCGGCGGCGACAGAGUCCAGCUGGAAAUAACCUUCUACAGUCCAGACGCGGAAGACGACGCGGGUUCUGUUCUUUCUCCUUUCUUCACCAGAGAGAUGCGUCUGUGGGGCUCUUCCUCUCUCCUCCUCCUCCUCCUCCUCGUCCCCCGCUCGGCGGCGGCGCCGGAGGACUGGGAGGACUCGGAGGACUCUGAAGAGUGCGCCGACGGCGGCGGGUUCCGCUCCGGAAAGCGCGACUUCGUCCUGGACGCGGAGGACGCGGUGCGCGCCGGCGCGGCCCCGCUGGCCACGGCGCGCGUCCCCGCCGCGGCGGACUGCGAGCGCAUGUGCUGCGCGCUCCCGCGCUGCAACCUGGCGUUGCUGGAGCCGCGCGCGGCCCCGGCGGACGAGGCGCGCACCUGCGCGCUGUUCGACUGCGUGCACAGGAACCGCUUCGUGUGCCGGUUCGUGAACCGGGAGGGCUACGAGAGCUUCAUCCGGGGAUCCGUGUACCAGACGCACCUGCGGGGCCCAGGUGAACAAUCUCCGCCCAUUGCCAACGCAGGCCGUGAUGUCAUCAUUCGGCCUGGAGAGAUGGUGACGCUCAACGGUAUCGAGAGUCUGGCACUGAAUGGAGCUCAGAUCACCGACUACAGCUGGACGCAGCAGGGUGGCGAUGGUGACGUCACAAUGGAGAAGACGGACCUACCUGACCAGGUGAGGCUCUCCAACCUGCAGACGGGCUCAUACAUCUUCCAGCUGACCGUCACCGACUCCGUCGGCCAAUCAGGAACUGCCAAGGUCAGCGUCCUCGUCCUUCGCCCGGAGCAGUCCACCUCCUACUGUCUGGCUCCGCCCAAGGUGGGCCCGUGUCGCGCGGCGCUCACUCGCUGGCGUUACGACGCUGCGACAGGAAGCUGCCAGGAGUUCAUGUUCGGAGGCUGCAAACCCAACAAGAACAACUACCUGUCCAAAGACGAGUGUUUGCUGGCCUGCAGAGACGUCACGGCUUCUUCAGAGAGGAGUCUGUCUCUUCCUGCUACAGAAGAGUGCGACGUUGCGUGUCGUCCCAAUCAGCUGAUCUGCAAAAACGGCUGCUGUCUGGACCGAAGUUUGGAGUGUGACGGCGUGCAGCACUGCAGCGACGGCUCCGACGAGGACCACUGCACCAAACUGAACCAGACCUUCAGCCGCCUCCUGAGCAUCGACGUGAAUCAGAACAAAGCCCGGUGCACGGAGCCGCCCAGCACCGGCCCGUGUCGGGCCAGCUUCACCCGCUGGUACUACGACCCUCUGAACAGGAAGUGCUACAGCUUCACGUACGGCGGCUGCUACGGGAACGACAACAACUUCGAGGAAGAGCAGAAAUGUAGUGAAAUGUGCGAAGGAGUGACCGAGAAAAAUGUGUUUUCCAGGGGGAUGUUUGACCGAUUUGAGACGGAAGAGGAAUCCAAAUCAGGCUCUGUCGCAUUGGCUGUGUUCCUGUCGGUGGCCAUAUUGGCACUGCUUGCUAUCAUGUCCUACUGCUUCAUGCGGGCGCGCAAGAAACGCUCCCAUAGGCCAGUCUCCACAAACCCCAACCACACGGUGCUGUCAGAGCAGGAAGCCUUCGUUUAUAACAGCACCACCAAACCUGUGUGAUUUGGUUUCCAUGACAACCUGAGCUGGUGCUGAUGUCAUAGUGUUUUUGUUGUUUUUACCUCAGGGCAGGGGAGGGGAAGUCUCAGGAUGUUAGUGAAUAACAUAUACUUUUAGAAAAAACAGCUGGCUUUUAUUCCUGACUUGAUGGAAUCAAGGCAGCUGUUUGUUCCUUUGUUGAUUAAUCCAAUUGAUGAAGUCCAAGACGAUUAGACUGGAUCGUAUUCAUUUAUCCUUUUUUAUGUUUCUGGGAUUUUGUAGGUCUGUCCUUUCUGAACUGAACUGUGUUGAAGAUAUUUAUAAAUCAUGUGGGUUUCAGCUUUAACUCAUUUUCAUGGAAACUGUGUGUAAAUAUAAAGUUCAGUUUGUUGUAAAUACUCCUUCUGUUUUAUGUUUUAAUGUUUGAUAUUUGAAUAAAUGCAAAUUAAAGUGUU